AUGGCUCCCGCAAAGAAGGGUGGCAAGAGGAAGAAGGGCCGGUCCGCCAUCAACGAGUUGGUGACCAGAGAAUACACUAUCAACAUUCACAAGCACAUCCAUGCAGUGGGUUUCGAGAAGCAUGCCCCUUGAACGCUCUAAGAAAUCCAGAAAUUUGCCAUGAAGGAGAUGGGAACUCCAGAUGUACACAUUGAUACCAGGCUCAACAAAGCUGUCUGGGCCAAAGGAAUAAGGAAUGUCCCAUACCGUAUCCGUGAGUGGUUGUCCAGAAAACGUAAUGAAGAUUCACCAAACAAGCUCUAUAUGUUUGUUACCUAUGUACCUGUCACCACUUUAAAAAAUCUACAGACAGUUAAUGUGGAUGAGAACUGA